AUGCUGCUUGUGUCAACUGAUAAGCAACAUCAACUACGAGGCCCAAGCAGUCAAGAACAACUUUCUGUCGGAAAGAUCAUUUCCGAUGAAGAAAAAGCCAAACAGUAUACAUGCAUAUCCGCUCUUCCUAAUUCCUUGAAGCAAAUCAUAGAGGUUGCCAAAGUUAAAACACAACUCAAAUUUGAUGCCUUCCGAGCUACUCAGCCAAAAACGCUUCCGAUUCCUACUCCUCGGAUUGAGAAAAUCGAUGAAGGAUCACCAAUGCAAACUUACGAUCGAUAG